AGACAACGCGCAUACCACACCGCAUAGAGGUGAUUUAAAGGCUGACAACACAUCUGCCAAUGCAAACGCACCACUCAAGGUGACGCCCCACCACGUCAUUUUAUUAGUUAUAAUUUACUAUAAAACGGCAAAACAGACUCGAUCCUUACUUCUACGGCUGACAGUGCGACAAAUUGGUGAAGAGUGUCAAGAUGGAUACCAGAUACGUUGUUGCUCUUAUAACGUUCUAUCUGAUCAUUGGUUACGUGCACGCGUUACCGAGUGUGCUAAACAAGAACAGACGGAAUCUACCAAGUUCGAAUACUCAGACCCACUACAAUAUUACUAGCAGCAGCUAUUCCAGUCUUCCCUCGAUUUCUGAAGAAUCCUACGUCGACUUUGAAAAUGUUCCACCCACGAAAAAUCCCAGUGGACGUCCCAACAUCUGCAGGGACUGUGUUUGUGGCAUCAGCAAUCGCAAAAUGCGUAUCGUGGGUGGAAAUGUGACGGAAAUUCAUGAAUUUCCAUGGAUCGCGACUAUGAGUCGACGUGGGAAAUUCUACUGCGCGGGCAGUUUAAUUACACGUAAACAUCUUCUCACGGCGGCUCAUUGCUUGGAAGGGUUCAACACAAAGGAAAUUCAGAUCGUUCUGGGAGAUCACGAUAGAUCCAUAAAGGAAUCAUCGACUAUUCAACGACGCAUCAAGGCGGUUCACAUACAUGAGAAUUUCGAUACGUAUACGUUCAAUAAUGACAUUGCCGUCAUCGAGCUGGAUAGUCCUGUGACGUUCAAUGGAAUCAUCAGACCAGCUUGUUUACCUGAAAACAGGGACAUUGACUACUCGGGAGCAAUGGCGGUCGCUGCUGGAUGGGGACAUACGGGCGAGCGUGAACCCAUAAGUCAGGAAUUGCGCAAGGUCAGUCUUCCUAUCCUGUCCGACGAAGAAUGUCGAACUGCUGGAUACGAUAAGAAACGUCUAACUGAUAACAUGUUCUGCGCCGGAUAUCUGGAAGGAAAGCGUGAUGCCUGUCAGGGUGACAGUGGAGGACCUCUGCACAUCAGCGGGACGUAUAAUCAUUUGGAAGUUGUAGGAAUUAUCUCGUGGGGACGUGGAUGCGCGAGGCCUCAAUUUCCAGGGGUUUAUACCAAGCUUACCAACUAUCUGGGAUGGCUGAAGAAUCAUCUCAAUGGCGAAUGCGUCUGUCCGCCACCCACGUCCAAGAUCGCUGGUCGAAUGACACAGUUUCUGGUCACUCCGAAAAUACUGGCGCUACUCACUUUUGGCUUACUCAUGCAAGCCGAUGGAUUCUUGGUGAACUUUGACACGAGAUCUUCCGAAGGACCUCUCAACUUUUUCCAAACGGACAGUAACAGAUCGCGGAGAUUCCUCUUUGAUGAAUUAUUCGGUAUCGACAUAACAGGCAGCGCCGAUACAGACGACGGGAAACUACGUAACUGUACGUGCGAAUGUGGCAUAAUCAAUCAGGAAAAUCGAAUCAUCGGCGGAAGACCAACUGGACCAAACAGAUACCCAUGGGUCGCCAGACUAGUUUACGACGGUCAGUUUCAUUGUGGAGCAAGUCUCGUCACCAACGAUUACGUACUGACUGCCGCGCAUUGCGUAAGAAGAUUAAAAAGAUCGAAAAUCCGUGUAGUCCUUGGGGACUAUGAUCAGUACGUAAAUACCGACGGGGUCGCGGUAAUGAGAGCAGUCAGCUCCGUGAUUCGUCAUAGAAAUUUUGACACAAAUUCCUACAAUCAUGACGUGGCGUUGCUGAAACUUCGUAAACCUGUAAAAUUUACAAAAACCAUCAAGCCAGUCUGCCUUCCACAAUAUGGAACAGACCCUGCCGGUAAAGAAGGUACGGUUGUAGGUUGGGGUCGAACCACAGAAGGAGGUGUACUUCCUGGUGUGGUCCAUGAAGUUCAGGUGCCCAUAUUAAGUCUCAGCCAAUGUCGUCAGAUGAAGUAUCGUGCUAGUCGUAUCACCAACAAUAUGAUCUGUGCCGGUCGCGGUGCUCAGGAUUCUUGUCAGGGUGACAGCGGUGGACCACUCCUUGUGCAAGAAGGGGACAAACUUGAAAUUGCUGGAAUCGUAUCCUGGGGUGUUGGAUGCGGCCGACCUGGUUACCCUGGCGUUUAUACAAGAGUGGCAAGAUAUUUGAAUUGGAUACGUACCAAUAUGAAGGAUACAUGUUUGUGCGUUAAAUGAAAGAAAACUUUAAAGAAAUAAUCAACUCCCAUCGACCUUAAUAUAAUCUUUAAUUUCGUCACUAUUUUAUGUUUUCACGUUCCAAAUCUUCAGUGCUGGACACACGUGUGCAUAAAGAGAGACAGUUCCCAAUAGCAUUAUCUAUUCGUAUGUGAUACUUUAUAGUGUAUAUAGUUAAGUAUAUCGUACGCGGUAUCAUGAAAUAUUACGUGGAAAGUGUACUGGUACUUUCUAAGACCUUCAGCGAAUGAAGACACUACCAUAUUGAAUAC